UGGCAGCGGGGGAGGGGGCAGAGCCAUGGCGGUGUCCCCUGCAGUGUCCCCUGCGCUGUCCCCAGUGUCCCCUCGGGCCAUGCUGGCCCUGCUGGUGGCCCUGGUGGCCCUGGUGGCCCCCCCCGCGCGGGGCUGGGACAGCGACGCCCCCACGGCCACGCUGUCGGUGGAGAACGGGGGACCCUGGGGACACUGGGGGGACCCCGAGUUCUGCCCCGGGAAAUCCUUCGCCAGUGGCUUCCAGCUGAAGGUGGAGCCCCACAAGGGAUUUUUCGGGGACGACACGGGGCUGAACGGGGUGCGGCUGCUCUGUGACAAGGGGGGACAGGUCACGUCCAGCGAGGGGCCGCGCGGCUCCUGGGGCCGGCCGGAGACGUGUCCCCCCGGCCAGCGCCUGGUGUCCUUCCGGCUGCGCGUGGAGGCGCCGCGGGGGCUGUGGGACGACACGGCCGCCAACGCGGUGGCCGCCAUCUGCUCGGGGGGCUCGGUGCUGGAGGGCCGGGGUGGUCCCCAGGGCUCCUGGGGCAACUGGAGCCUGCCCUGCCCCCCCGGGGCCGGGGUCUGCGGCCUCCGCACCCGCCUGGAGCCCCCCCAGCGCGGAGGGGACGACACCGGCCUCAACGACCUGGACCUCUACUGCUGCUCCUGA